AUGUCGUCAGGAGCGAUGAUGAGCAGCGGCUGCUCGUCCCCGUGCGAGGUGUCCUGCCCCCAGCCCUAUGCGGAUGCCUGGAGCCAGCCCUGUGUCACCACCUGCGGGGACUCAAGGGCCGUCAUCCACCCUCCGCCCGUGGUCAUCACCUUCCCGGGGCCCAUCCUCAGCUCCUGUCCCCAGGAGAGCAUCGUGGGCACCUCCUUCCCGUUGGGGGCCAUGGGAUCUUCUGGCUCCGGGGGUGCCAUUGGGGGAUCCUAUGGAGGGGGCAGCAGCUCCAUGGGGGGAAUUGGGGGAUCCAUCGGAGGUGGCUCCAUGGGUGGUUCCUACGGUGGUGGUUCCAUGGGUGGUUCCUACGGUGGUGGUUCCAUGGGUGGUUCCUACGGAGGCAGUUCCAUGGGAGGAAUUGGGGGAUCCCUUGGAGGCGGCUCCAUGGGUGGUUCCUACGGUGGUGGUUCCAUGGGGGGCUCCUAUGGAGGGAGCAGGUCCUUUGGCUCCGGGGGCUCCUAUGGGGGGAGCAGGUCCUUUGGGGGCAGAAGAUCCUUUGGGGGCUCCUCGGGUGGCGGCUUUGGGGGCUCCUGCGGCGGGGGCAGCUCCUUUGGGGGCGGCUCCUGCGGAGGGGGAUCUUACGGAGGGGGCAGCUCCAGCUCCAGGAGGUUUGGAGGAGGAAACUGCGGCUUCUAUUAUUUCUGA